CUGUUCUGUUCCAGCGUUGCAAUGGUGCUGGCACAUGAAGGGAUUCGCAUGAAACUGAUUUCCGUUGGUAUGCAAUGUUGCCGUGCAGAAGUCAACAACAUGACAGCCAUGGUUUUUUUCAAAGAUGAGUGGUACAAGAUGUUUCAUGAAGGCAUGGAGAUCAUCGUGACCGAUUUCGAAAUGUCUUGGAAGGAUGGGGUCAUGAAUUUUCAUGUCACUCAGGGAAUCUCCAGGGUCUUCCUGUGUCCAUCCAAAGAACGUGGGCCUUUCAACUCAGUUGAGCUUUUUGCUGGGCUUGGUGGUUGGUCCCAUAUGGCCACCACCAUGGGAAUGGUUCCAAUGUUGAUGGUGGAUUCAGAUGAGAAUGUUGCGUAUGCAUGUGCAAAGAGGUUAGGCUUGGCAUGCAUGGAUGCAAAAUCAUAUGUUCAGAAGGUUUUGGAUGGACACAACGCCUUCAGGUGUGUAAUCCAUGAUGAUGUCCAGAACCCCGACACUUGGGUUGCCAUCAGCCUGGUUAAUCCAGAUACGAUCUUAGGAUCUCCUCCAUGCCAACCAUGGAGUUCAGCCGGAACGUCCUGUGGUCUCCAAAGUCUUGAUGGUAAGGUCUUCCAGUCGGUCCUUCGUCAGGCUGCCAUGGUCGGUGUCCUGGUUGUUGUGUUGGAAAAUGUACCUGGUCUCCCAAGGCACCAGGAUUUUCGUGAGCUUGUAGGUGAUGCUGAGAAGCGUGGAUUGAAACUGGCCUUGCAUGGCACCUAUGCAUGUGCCAAAGUACUGCCUGUCCAUAGGGAUCGUUGGUUGGGUACGUUUGUCCAUGAGUCCGUCCCAUUUGAUGCUGCCAAGCAGACCAUGGCCAAUGCAAUCUCAUUUGCGGAUAGAGCAUUCGAAGCAGUCGCCACCAGUCCGUCCAUUCGAGAUGCCGAUGUAUCUCAUGUCAACAUGAAUGCAUCCGAAAAGCGUCAGCUGACCAUCCCUGGUGAGCUGGUUGGUAUGUUGUCACAGAUUGAAUAUGCUCCGCAAUGGUUGAAGAACAGUGUCCCCCCUACGGUGCCCUUCACAAUCCAGGACCCUGAGGAUAUCACCACUAGUGGAUUUGAGAUGACACCUGAGUUUGCCAUGAUGGGGGAUCCCCGAAAUGUUACAUGCAAAGAAGAAUCCUUGAAAAUUGCCAUGACGUUACAAGCUGAUGUCACAUGGACUGCAAAGACAGCCAUUGCCUAUUCCGCAGUCAAAAUCGGAUGCAAUCCUGAUGCUUUGGUGUUGAUUUCCAACAGUCUCCCACUCAAAGAUGAUGACUUUCUCCUGGAAUACGAACGGACUGAGUUUCAGAUGAGGAAAGUUGUCAGAACUGUUUGCAUGGGGCACAAUUCCAACGUCCUGCAGUUGGUCCAGCGAUUGUUUCCUGAUUUGCAUGCAACCACGUCAUGGACGCCUUUCCAUGAUGACAAAGAAAUUGCCUGUAGUGCUGUGAUCAAUGACUUGCAAAACCUGCAAAUUCAGUGGAAUGGGUUUCGUCCUUUGCGGGCCACCUCCAUCAGUUGCAUGAGACACCAUGGCCGGGCUGUUGAUGCACCAGCUGUGCAAUUGCAAUAUGCGGGAAAAGGCAUUAAGAUGCAUGUUCGAUCACCAUUCAAGAUCAGAACUGAUGAGAUUUGCCUUGCACCUGAUAUGACGCUUGCGGAAAUUGCAGCCAGUUUCAUGACGGUAGCACAGCUCCAAGUCAGUAUGAUAUGCACAGCAGGAACUGUGGUGCUUGACCCUUCCAUGCAAGUCCAAGACAUGCCCAUGGACGAAGUGAUCACCUUCCGAGUAUGUCCAUUGCUUGGAGGUGCCAAAAUUGAUGCAAAGUCAAGAAUAGGUGAAAUGCUCAAAAGCAAAGGGGUGCCGGUCGACAAGGUCGAGGAAAGAAUGAAAGGACUCUUUGCCAAGAUUUCACCCGAAAAGUUCAAGAUGAACAUGAACGAUGAUGCCUUUUGGACGCAGGUCAAGACAGUAGCAAGUGAAAACAAGUACCGCCUCAUCACACAUGAGGAACUGAAGGCUUUCCAAAGUGCCAAUAGAAAAAAUAAGACAAAGGCCGAAAGCAGUGAGGCCAAACCGAAGGUCCGGGAAGAGCAAUUCCAGGUUGAUGCAAGUAAGAUUGUCAUCGAUGCGACACACUUUUCAGCCAAUGAUGAUGAGGUUGGACUCAUUGAAUCAACACGUUUUGGUCCCGAUCAAACUGGCAUUUGUGUCGUCAAUGCAAGUGAUGCAAGUAAGUGGAGUAAUAACGCUGUUAAGAGUUGUGAUCCACUUGCCCUCCUGGUUGUUGGAAAAGGAUGCCAUGAAUACGGUGAGGUCUUCAGCAUCCCGGCGCACACAGUGUCGGGAACACCGAUCAUUGUUCAGGGUUGUUUGAUGCAAUUUGGAGACAUUCCAGUUCAGUACAAUCUGAAAAUCCCGUCAGUUGUGGUUGACCAAGUGGCCUCAACUGCUAUUGAGUUUGCAAUCUACAGGGACCACGUGACAUGCUGGAGUGAUGUUGGUGUUCCAUUGCAUUACAUUGGUGUACACAUCCCCGAACUCAGAGGAUCAAAUCUUUUGGCCACAUGGUCGAUCAAAGCAUGGAGUAAGCAGCAGGUUGCACAUGUGUCGCGAGCUGAUCACUGGCAUGGUUUUUUCAGAAUUGCAGACAGCCUUCUGCAUGCUGUUUUGAGUCGAAGUGGCGUCGCAGGGAUCUUUAUGAAUCCUAAGACCUCCGAUAGAAAGCAUGACCCUCGUUUUAUCACAAUUGCACUGCCAAAUGGCAAGCUUCCUGAAGUUCUUGCCAGAGCUGAGGGUUGCCCAAAAGCAGUCGGUGUGGUUAAGAGAGGUGAUGCAUAUUGUAUCCGAUGCAGGAGAGAAGAUGCUGACCAGUUACGUGCUGUGUUGAUGCCUGAAACGGCAUUUGUCCAAACUGCAAGUUUCUCUGAGGAGGAGGUUUUGUAUGUGAUGUCGAAUGUCCCACAGAUCAAUCGGGACGAGCUUGGUCAGGCACUUGGCAGAGCAGGGUGGAUUGCAAAUCCGAUUAAGCCCCAGGGUAUGAAGAGAUGGUUAGUAGCAGCUAAACAUGAUCCACCAACCAGUCACAUGGGAAUCAACGGUGCCAUUGUUGUCGUCGAGAAGGCUAAGAAGAGUGCACAGAUGGAUGACCAGAUCGCUGCCGUAGUUGAAAUGAAGCUUGCAAGUGCCAAUGCCCGCAUUGAAGAGUUGCAGACGGCAUUGCUGGAGGUCAAAGAUUCUGCUGAACGAAGUCAUGCAAGCAUCACCAGUGACAUGGGACACAUGAAACAGGAACAGUCGUUCACCAGGCAGAAGCUGCAGGAAGUUGAGGUGAGUGUUGCAACAUCAGGCCAAGCAAUCAUCCAGCAGAUGCAGAGCAUGUUUGCCACAAUGCAGACAAGCCUGGAAAAGACCAUGCAGCAGAACAUUAGCGGUGAAGCGGAAAAACGACCGCGCACAACCGAGACAGGAAGGAAUGACCCGUUCUCUAUCAAGGAGGAUGUCCAUGUGAGACAGCCCUCAGUUGCUGACGACGCGGUAGAAACGAUGCAAUUUGUGGCACGCCCCACAGGCAGCGGAAGGGUACAAAAGCUGGACAUGAAGACCCUGGAAUACCAGUUAUCCCAGGUAUCGGCACUGACCAUGUUCAUCGAAGAAGUGAAUCCUUUGGAGUUGUGCACAUUCAAUGCUGCACGAAGCAUUACUGCCAUUGCAUGUCUCCCUGCGUGUUUAGGAAGAGAGGAGGAAGUGGCCUCAUUUGUUGACGGUGUGUGGUUUUGCGAUGCAAUCAUCAGAGCCAAGCCCAACCUGCCAAUCUAUGUUUGCUCCGUUUAUGGGCCUCCUGAGAACAACACAAUCUUGGCUGCCCUCCAGGAGAGGGACCCGGAUGAGGCUAUGAAGCAGUUUGCUCUCAGUUUUGAGGAAACCAUGUCCAAGUCUGUUGUUGAUGUGCAUGGAAACCCCGCAAAAGUCGAGGCAUGGAACCGCAGUGGUAGUGAGGAUGCAGGUAUUGCUUGCAAGUUGAGCGCUGACAACCUUAGUGCCCUGGUUAGUGAUAUGGUCGACGAUGCCCAUUCAAGUGGGCAGUUACUGGUGAAUACGAGUGGGAGUUGGUCGAAAGACAGCUCCUUCCCACGACUGACCAUAGUCCUUAUAGAGCUGAGUGCUUUGCAGUUCUUCUUGCACUACAGCAUUUCUGGCGUGUUGAGAUGUUUACAGACUGCGCUGCUGUGGUCGAUGAGGUUUGCCAUGCGUUUCAAACAAUGGUGGGACCAGUUGAAAUGGUAUGAGGGGCCUCCUACGAGUGCUCUCGAACUUUACUUCGACUUUUGCUACGA